GUGUUUUUGCACGCCAAAAGCAUAGAGAUUUUCCAGGACGCCUUUUUCCACGAGCUUUUCCACCGCACCAGCAAUCUCCAGUGAUCUUGUGGGUGAAAGGACGCAGGUACAAAAGGAGAAAAUGAAGACUGUAAAGGCCGAUCAGACCAUCACGGAAUUCCUCAAGGAUCUGCCCUCGUACAAUGCCAAGAACUUUGCUCUCUUCAACACAGAAAACGGCCUGCGGACGUCCUCAAAGCGACCGCCAGUGUACCUCCCAACUGUUGACGUUCCAGCUGAACAAAUCAUCGUGACGGAGAAGAAGAACAUCCUUCUGAGAUACUUGCACCAGCAGUGGGACAAGAAGAACACCGUGAAAAAGCGAGACCACGUGGGAGAUUCCGUGGAGGCGAACCGCAAGAGACCGCGACUGGACAGGGAGACCUCCAACUGAGCACCCCUUCUCAACGUCCCAGACUUCAUGGUGUGAUUUCUUCUGUUUUUUCAUCAUCAACUUCUUUUCUUUUUGUGCCCAAGCGGCGCGUCGUCUCUAAUCUUUAAGAAUAAAUUAUGUGUAAUGGAAG